AUGGAAGAAGAGAAUUUGAAUGAUUCUACGGAAGCAGAACUGGCAUUAAGAGCUAACAGGGCAAAGAUAAGAUAUGUUAAUACAUACAGACUGGAGUCACGUAAGAAAUUUCGAGAUUGUUUAGUAAGAGACAAAGCUCAAGCAAUACUAAUGAAUAAACUUCAGCAGGCCAAAUAUGAUGGAAUUUCUAGUCCUUCUUUGUGUGCUUCAGUCUCAGAAGAAAUAUUAAAGGCUGUGAAAGAACUGGACUUCGACCGCUAUAAGUACGUGGUGUCAGUACUGAUUGUGGAAAAGGCAGGUCAGGCAAUGAAUGUUGCCAGCAGAUGGGUCUGGGAUGCUCAGAGAGACUCUUGGGUUUCAGCUAAAUUUGAGUCUGAAACAUUUAUUGCACUGGCUUUGAUAAUGGCAUGUUACUAUGACUAG